UGGCUAGGUCCACACGCCGCGCCCCCUACCCCCUUUCCGGAAACCUGAUUUGACCGCAAUUUUUCUAAGGUUUUCCUCCUGCUGUUUUUGGUUUUAAAACUCCUUUUGCAAGACCUGUACCUUUAGUAGGUACAGGUUCUUGAUUCUGCAAAACAACUCAGCUUAACAUCAGGUGGUACCCGGUUCCUGGAGAGGAGCUGCCGCGCACUCGCCCGAGUCAGGUGCGGAACCUGGGCGGUGGGCUGUGACCAUCUCCCCGACCCCGAGCCUCCUCCCGGUCGCCUCCAUUAGCCUCGUUCCGAGCCUGGAAGGUGAAGCCUUUGGGGAAGUUCACGGACUCAUGAGCUCCAAGGCGGGUCCGAUUCCAGUGCAUGUCAUGUCCAGUUUUGAAGAUGCUGACACGGAAGAGACAGUAACUUGUCUCCAGAUGACUCUUUACCAUCCUGGCCUGCUGCAGACUGGAAUAUUUCAGUCAAUCAGGUUUUGUCACCGAGAGAAACUGUCCUCCAGUGAAGUGGUGAAAUUUGGCCGAAAUGCCACCAUCUGUCGUUAUACCUUUCUAGACAAGCAGGUUUCUCGAGUUCAGUUUUCUUUGCAGCCAUUUAAAGACUUCAGUAGCUCUGUUCUCUCUUUUGAAAUUAAAAAUAUGAGUAAGAAGACCAGUCUUAUUGUGGACAGCAGAGAGCUGGGCUACCUAAAUAAAACGAACCUGCCGUACAGGUGCAUGGUCAGAUUUGGCGACUAUCAGCUCCUUAUGGAGAAGGAAGAUGGAGAGUCAUUGGAUUUUUUCGAGACUCAAUUUAUUUUGUCUCCAAGGCCACUCUCACAAGAAAACAUCUGUGCAGCAACAAAUCCUGUACCUGAGAAUGGCAAUUGUUCCACCCGAAGCACUUCUCCUACAGAAAUGGAUGAAAAUGAAGCAUGAACACAGAGGGCUAAGAAGACAAUCAUGGAGGAUGAAGCGCCCUGUAGACACCUUAUAGAUACUCUUCUUAUUCAGAUAGACCCUCUUCUUAUUCAGAGUUUAUUACUGUAGUAGGUAAAGCCUCAAUUCCCCUGUUAGGCUGUCAGAUUUAGGAUUUGGUAUAUCAUUUUGAAGUCUGUAAACUGUGUUUGUCAACAACUUAGUCACCUAUUGCAUUCCAGGAUCUAUGAAGAAUUACUUUAAGUGUACAGCUCUGAGGGCUAAUGUACAAAAUAUCCUUUGUGAUGAAGGAAUAGUGUUUCUUUUUUUAUCCUUGAUUAUAGUUCUGUGUUUUGUUUUCAUAAGGAACCAUGUCUUGGUUUGGUCAUAUAAUUUUAGUCCUUUGUUUUCAUAUAAAAACAGCAGCCCUUUGUUUUCAAGGUCAAGACUCUGAGAAGGUUGUAGAUGGUGUUUGUAGCCUGUUGGUUAUUGUAGUGCCAGGGUACUGGAACAUAGCAUAAUGCGUUCUAGAGUGGUCUGUCAUUGUGGUUUUAAUAUGGAAAGACUUAUUUGAGAAAUAAUAUUUUUAUUUUUUUACUAUUUUCUUUCUGUGGAAUAAUAGAGUGGUUUUUCCCAGGACAACAGUUCUCCUUGUAUCAAUUCAGCAUCUAAAAUAUUUAAAUAUUUUAAAGAACCACUGUGUUUAGAAUUAUUUUUUAGUAUUCUUACCAAAUUUUAAAAGUUUGAUUCUUAUGUACUGAACAUAAUUUUAUAAUUCCAUAAAUACAAUUUUUAACAGCAUCUAUAAAGUCAAAGUUUAAUUCACUAACCAUUUUCUAUGGAACUGUUUCUACAGAAAAGAAAGACUCACCUCUGUAUAGUCGGAAUUAACUCGAUGGCAAUGGGUUUAUAUAAGUAAAUGUGUAAUGUGAACAUUUAUAAUAAAGGCUUAAAUAUUUCUAAUGUUAA